CUCACUUGGCGACGUGAUCUCCUGGCACCUCGGCUGGUUGGCUGGCUGGCUGGCAACCUCGCCUGGCACCGGACGACAUCAGCUGGGUCGAGUGGCCCUCCAAUACCACCUUGAGGAGGAUCCUCACCUUCAGGAGGACCACUAGUAGUACUUUUUCAUCCGUGUGGGGAACCUGCGAGUGUUGGGGACGGAAGCGGGAAGAGGAUCCUGGGGUGUGAGAAAGUCGGGGCCUGAAGGAGGAAAAGCCAAAGGAAGGUGGCGCUGUCGUCGUCGAAGGCGACCCAACUCGUGUGGGCUAUUUCCGCCUCUAGCCGGCAACCACCCCCAAGAAUAUCUCUCUCUCUCUCUCUCUCUCUCUCUCUCUCUCUCUCUCUCUCUCUCUCUCUCUCUCUCUCGCUUCAAGAAUCAGAUAACGCCAUCUUUCGACUCCCUUCUGCCUACAGCCGCAAUUGUGCUUGUCCUGUUCGCUCGCCUGCUCCCUCUUCUUCCUUCUGCACAAGGCUGCUGCUGUCGGCUUGAACGGCCUCUGUCCCCUUGGUUCGAAGCGCCAGGCCAGAACUGCGAGACUACCUCAUCUUGCUUGCCGCUUCUUGCUCGUACUGUUUAUGCUGCUCGUCAGUUGUGAUUCGAGAGCCAAAAAACCAAUUGUGGAAUCACCUACGCUAGUCAUCCUUCUAGUCAGUGCCACGGAUAGUCAGCUAUCCUCUAGUCAGUAGUAGUAUACCGUUGAUUCUCACCUCUACUCUCAGCUAGCGACUCUUCUCGAUUAUGUGAUCUGCAUAGCACGGGUGCCUUAUAAGUAAAUCUGCAGCCGGAUUUAUUUUUAUAAUGUUUCGUGGGCUGGCGUGAUUGAAUGUCCUCCUCAUCGUGCCUGUGGUGUGCGUGUGUGUGCGUGCGUGUUAAACUCUCCGUUAGUCAUUAGUAGUGAAUUCAUUCGUAUUACAGAACUCUUUGGAAGUUCAGAAAGCCGUAUAUGCGAGUUUCGGCAAAAGUCGGCCUCCAUGAAAUCCUCGGGUGAAAUCUGUUGAUGCGGAAAUAAGAGGUGGUUUCGAGUGGAUUAGGGAGUGCGAAGUGAUUUCGAGGGGCGUUUGGGUGUCGUAUUAUGCCUUUCGAAUUGUCGCCGUGACUCUUUAAAUGGUGAACAUGGACGGCGAGGCCCUCAAACCUGAAGCGUUCUUGACGACGGCCACCACAGCCACGCUCGUCGCUGCCAGGAGUCCGCCAUCGUACCCUAAGGUCACAGAAGCCACGGAUGAGUUCCACCCAUUCAUCGAGGCGCUGCUGCCACAUGUCAAGUCCUUCGCCUACACGUGGUUCAACCUGCAGGCCGCCAAGCGGAAGUACUUCAAGAAACAUGAGAAGAGGAUGUCACUCGAGGAGGAGAGGAGGUGCAAGGAUGAGCUACAGAGCGAGAAGAACGAGGUGAAGCAGAAGUGGGCGUCGCGCCUCCUCGGGAAGCUGCGGAAGGACAUCACGCAGGAGUGUCGGGAGGACUUCGUGCUCUCCAUCACGGGCAAGAAACCUGCCAUGUGCGUCCUCUCCAAUCCCGACCAGAAGGGCAAGAUGCGGCGCAUCGACUGCCUCCGGCAGGCUGAUAAGGUGUGGCGUCUGGACCUGGUGAUGGUGAUCCUGUUCAAGGCGAUCCCGCUGGAGUCUACCGACGGCGAGCGAUUGGAGAAGAGCCCUGACUGCCUCCAUCCUGGCCUCUGCGUCAACCCGUACCACAUUAACGUAUCCGUCCGAGAGCUUGAUCUUUAUCUCUCUAACUUCAUCACCAUGAACGAAAGCUUGGCAGGAAUCGUGCUGGAGAGUGACAAAGACGACGAUAGGAUGAAAAGUCACCCAGUGCACAGCGUGGCAUACAAUGGCAUUAACGGCAUUAUAUACAACAGUACCAUCCUUGCUACAGGCUGUUUUUCUGCCCGGGAACUGUGGAGACUCUCUAAAAGUGAGUCCAACCUACUAGCGUCUAUCGCGAGGAUGGAAGAGAGAGAGCGUAAUGGAGGAAAAGAUAAGUGGAUGGAGGAGAAGAGAGCCUCCAUCAUGGCUAUGAGUAGCAGUGGAACAGGCGUGAGUACUAUCAAAAUGGAGAAUCCCCCUUACUACACAACUUAUACAUCCCCGGUACCUGACCAUGCACUCAUGGCUGGCGCUUACAGCACGUAUAUGGAGCGUGCCGAUAGUCCUCUUUCCAUGGGUCGAACACAUGAUCCACAUUCGCCUCUAGAGCCCCGCAGCAAAAGAGUCCGUCGCUUGAGUUCUGAAGAAGAUAACAUGGACAACAAAACAGAUUUGGCAUAUUACACCCAGUCUCCUGCAUCACUUUCAUCUCAUACUUCAUCAUGGCACUCUGAUAUCGACCACGGCCCUCCAUCUGUUCACUCUCCUCAUCUCGUACAUAGUGGUGGAAAAGUAACGAUAGCUGCAUCAGGUACUCUACAACCUGUAGUUAGAGCACCAUCUUUAGAGUCUUUAUCUAGUCAUGAUCAACACACACGCACUGUUGUUUCACCUCAUCCAAGAGAAGUUAAUGAUUCUUAUUUUUUAGCAGUUCUGCCACCUAUGUCGCUAAGUAAUACCGUCAUGGCAACGCCAAGCUAUUACCAUGAAACAGCACCUCCAUCACCUACUAAAUACCACGAAAAUGGUCAUGAUACGUUUUCAGAUUUUGUUACCCUUGUUUGUCAGGAAGCACAAAAUACCCAGCAUGCCCAGCAGGCAUCGCCUCCUGGGAUUAGCAGAAGUCCAACAAAGCUCCAAGGUGGUUACUACACAGCUGGCUCCAUGCUACCUCCCCCUCCACCACCUCCAAUGGCUCGGCCUGUUGCUAUUAUCAGAUCUACAGCUGACUUAACGCACAGUGGCAGUGUAUCUCCGAGUCCUGUAUCUCCUCCGCACUCUGUUGCUGGUGGUAGUGGUGGCAAUGGUGAAGCCAUACUCCCUGACGUUUCUCCACCAGACAGAAGAGAUGAUGGGCUAAAUUCUCCUCCUCCUGCUACUUCUGCACCUCCUGUUUCACAGGAUGGUCCGCUGAAGUUAGCCAUCACGAGCCGUUCUGAUACCCACUCUCAUCCUUCUCAUCAUCAUCACAACCAUCAGCAUGGUCAGUUAUUUACAUAUUCAAAUAUGAGUCCAGUAAGUGCCAUGUCUGGGGUUAUUUCACCAACAAGUAUGAGUUUAUUUACUUCACCCGGAACUACGCCACGGACUACUCCCAGAUCAACUCCCCCAGUACCUCGUUGGAAUACUCCUUUUAUUAACCUAGAUGAAAAUAUGGACUAUACUACUAUGUCAACCUUGAUGCCAACUUUACCUGCAGAUGCUACUUCUGCGCAGCUAAUAGAGGAUGGUGUGUUGUUCGUGGCCUCUCCUCCUCUCCCUCUCGUCGUCUCUCCCCCUCCUCAAACUCGGCCAGUCACCUAUAGUAUACAUAGCAGCAAUGAACGUUAUUUUACAACUGUGGUCCACAGUGGAGAUGCAACAACUGCAGCAGCAGUAGCAGCAGCAGCAGCAGUAGGUGCUACAACUGGCCCACCAUCUGGAGGUGCACCAACACCUACUGAUACGAGUCCUGGGGGUCAUCCAGGAGCACCCCCAACACCAACUAAAUCACAGUCAUCUUAACUAGGCUUUACUAGUUUGAGACUGCAGACAAAUCUGAUCUCUUUUAAGAAUAGAGUCAGACUGAGGCUAUAUUACAGAUAAACUAUUGUUUAAACUAUUAUGGAAGCUUUCUUAUUGUGCAGAAAAUUUGUUUUCUCCGUAAUUGUUGUGCCAAAUAUAUGGAUAAGUUAAAAAAUUAUUCAUGCCAAAUUUUGAAACCAUGUAUGGUGAAUUGCUGCAAAUUGACAUUAAUAAAUUUGAAAACUGUAGUAGACAGGAUACCUAGGUCUGCAUUCCAGAGGUCAUGCAGGACUUUAGGUGUUGCAGUCAUUAUAAUUUAAGUGAUUGUGAAAAUGGACACUAUAAUUUAUUAACUGAAUCACAGUGCCAGCAAAGCAACAUGCAAUAAUGUAAGUGCUUCAUAGCUUUUUGCAAAGCAAGUAGAGUUAACGGUUGUGCAUUUUAAAUACCAGAUGGGAUCAUCCCACCUACUAUAUCUUUCUCAAGAAACCUGUUAGGAGGCAUAUUGAGAUAGAUGAGAAUAUAGCCAGCUCAUUUUUUGAUGGACCAAGUUCAGAUGUGUUCAGAGUAGGCCUUUUUCCAAGAAUUGAAGUGUUAUGGGAACUGUCACUCAUGUUCUGGAAUAGUCAGCCAGUGUGUUAUGGUAUGUAUAAUGUCAGAUGUGUUUCAUGUACAAUAUGUUUCAUAUUUCAAGUCAAAAGUACUUUCUGCAAGUAGCUCUCAAACACAGUACAGCAAUAUGUGUGCCCAAAAGAAAUUUUUUUUUUAUUGUUAAGUGAAUUCAAAUUUCAUUGCUUUUACUGCCAUUAUGAUAUCUUCUUUUAUCAGAGUUUUUUGAGCAGGGAGAUAAAAGGUGCAUCUUCCAGAUGGGUUAUGAUGCAGUGCUAUCCCAAAAUCUUUGUUUCCAUAUCUGAUAUAGCUUGAGGAAAAGGUGAAGAUAUAUUUCUCUUAAUUCAUGUUGUAUGCAACCUAACAAAAAUUUUUAUUAAUGAAACUUGUGCAACAUGUUACUAUUGUAAUCUAACCCAAGUUAUUUGAAAGCCUUACCUUUUUAGAUUAUAAACACUAGCAAUACUGAAUGAUUAAUGUGCUAUUAGUGUAAAUAUAUCUGGUGCCAUAGAUAUAUUGGUUAAGGAAAAUGAGGGAGUGAGAAAGGCUAAAAACAUCAAUAUGCAACUAUGGGUAAAGUUCAAGUAAGUUGCUUUGGUUUUGAGUUGAAGAUAGCUCAAGUAUUUGUGCCAAAAGGAUGUCUGAAAUGCUCUAGUGUGUAUUGACAGCUCUCAAACUUGAGCUGAGUUUAGUGUCCAGCAUGAAUUUCCUUAAUCAUCGAAAAGUUAGUUUUGAUAGUGAUAUAGCCCUGUAUGCUGAAGGGAAUAAUAUAAUAAUAAUAAUAAUAAUAAUAAUAAUAAUAAUAAUGAAGAGCUUUUCAUAUGAAGGGAGAACUCAGUCAUUGUAAUUCAUAAAUACAUACACUGAGUACCACCACAAUUGUGUAGCUCUGUGUGUAGUACUGUGCCUAGAGUGAUGCCUGCUAUAGUAUUUAGAUGUCGCUGCUGUGAUACAUCAGGUAAGUAGAUAUGUAUGAUCCUGCGCAUAGUUAGGCAAUUUUAUACACAGUAAAAAGUAGUGAUAGGCAAUCUGAUUCAGAAAAUUAAAAGCUGAUUAAAAGCUGAAAGUGUUAUUUUGAUGGAUUGUGCACUUCUGGGGACUUGGAACAUGCAUCGUGGAAAUGGCUAAAGAAAAGAUAAUAAAGUUUAAAAAUGGAGGCUUUCCUCUUAUAACAAUAUGUGUUACAACAAGAUGUGUGACAUAAUUCCUUGAUAGGCUCUAUUUGAAGUCACAAAGCAAGUAUGUGCAGCAAGUGAUUAUUUUCAUUGUAUGUAAUGAAACAUUUAAACAUAAAAUAAUGUACCCAGGAAUAU